AUGCAACAAUAUAAAAAGACACAAUAUAAAUUGAUUUUAGUAUUGGUUGGAUUGCCAGCCAGAGGGAAAACUCACAUCACUUACAAAUUAAAUAGAUAUUUGAAUUGGAUUGGAUAUAAAAGUGAAAUCUUCUCUAUUAAGGGAGCAUAAUAAAACAAUGACUAAUUAGAUCAAAAUAUCGAUUAUGAAUUAGAAAUAGAUCCAAAUAAUCCGUAAUUUGCAGAAGUUAGACAGCAUCUAUCGACUACAGCUGCUCAACAAUUGGUGGCAUUUUUAUAAAGUGACGGAGACAUUGCAUUAUACAAUGGCUUAACAAGCACUAAGGCUGACAGACAAAAAUUGAAGUCUUUUUUUAAAGAGACCCUGAAAUUGGAAUAUCAAACCUUUUGGAUAGAAUCGAUUUGUGAUGAUCCUCAAGUAAUUCUUAAUAAUAUUAAUGAAUCAAAAUUAAGUAGAUUUAAAGAUAAAACAAUUGAACAAUUUAUGAAUCAUAUAGAUGUAUUGGCUUAAAAUUACGAGAGUCUGGAAAAUAAAGAGAAUCUAUCAUACAUCAAACUAAUUAAUAUUGGUAAACUAGUGAAAGUACAUAUGCUGGAGGGUUAUUUGUGUUCUAAAAUAGUGUCCUUUCUUCUGAACCUACAUGCAAACAAUAGAUAGAUAUAUUUGGUAAGAUCCUGUUAAACUGAAUAUCAUUUGCUUGAUAAAAUAGGAGGAGAUCCAGAGUUAUCUGCAACUGGAAAAUAGAAUAGUCAAUAAUUAGGUGACUAUUUUAUUGAAGAAUUAAAAGGAAAUAAAAAUGUAACCUUAUUUACAUCUCAAAUGAAAAGAGGAAUCUAGACACAGCAGAGAUCGAUAGGGGAAAAACUAGGAAUAAAAGCAUUGAAGACAAAAAAUUUGGAUGAGAUUGAUUAUGGAAUAUGUGAUGGAUUGACAGUUAAAGAAAUAGCAGCAAAAUAUCCAAAGUAGAUCAAAGAAAGAAAAGCCAAUCCUCUUGAAUUCAAAUAUCCUCGUGGUGAAUCAUUUUUAGAUGUAAUACAUAGAGUAGAACCUAUAAUUUAUGAAAUUGAAAGAUCUAGAGAUCCUGUUCUGAUUAUUGCACAUGUUGCCGUUUUAAAGUGUUUGUACGCUUAUUACCAUUGUAAUUAAAUAAGUGAAAUACCGAAUAUUGAUAUUCCUAUCAAUUGUGUUAUUAAGUUAGUACCCAUACCCUACCAUUGUCUUGAAAGUAGAGUAAAUAUUAAGUGA